AGAAGAGGAUAUAAAAUAAAUAGAGGGAGGGGAAAGAAAAGGAAAAGGAAGGGGGAUGAGUUGUACACGACACAUGUAGAUAAAUUGUUUACUGUCUAUCUGAAAGGUAAGUUUCGCAACGUGUCUGCGUCGGAUUCGCAGGUCCCCGCGAAGCGCGCGGACACGACUGACUCCACCCAACACCCGCCAGGAACAAUCGUAUCCCAUCAGGCAGAAUGCGAAUAGGCCAUUUUCGUAAUAUGUAACCAAAUUUAAUGCAUAAGUCUUUGUGAAGUGCCUCAAUACAAAUUAGUUUGCUUGAGCUCACAAGAAACUGUGUAUUUAGGCAUGUAUAAAAAAUUCCUGCUCCAUUGACCGAAUAGAGUACGUUGGCCUUGGGGGCAACUUUAGGGCUGUACGUCGCCACCCUCACACCGGAUAACCUUUUCGUGGUUGAAUGAUCUAUUAUUUGCGACGUGUUUUUAUGAUUUCGUCGGUACACGUAAUGAAAUUGAAUCAUAACUCUAAUCUCACAACUGCUCCAACAUUAACGGUUCAUCACUCGUGAGCGUAGUAGGACGUAUGGCCCUUCUGCAUUUCAACAAAUGAGCCAGCGAGAAAAAGUCUUUAACAGUUCAGAAUGGAUAUGACGUCAUCAAAUCACUGGGAUAAAAUCCAUGCAACUACUUCGGGCAAACUCAAGGGUCAGGCUCUUCAAACAGCAUAUAACAACUGGAGUCAGAAAUACAACCAGGACUAUGAAAAAGCGGCUUACAAUGGACCAAAAAUCGGAGCAAUGAAGAUGGCUGAGAUUAUCCAUGACAAACAUUGUCAGAUCCUGGAUGUAGGCUGCGGUACAGGGCAAGUGGGAGAACUGAUGGCCAAGCAUGGGUUUACCAACAUCCAUGGGGUGGAUUUUUCCGAGAAGAGCAUUGUAGUUGCCAGAGCAACCGGCUGUUAUAGCAGUGUUCGUUAUGCAGAUUUAUUGAAUGGCGGCAUACCCGACAAAGACAAUGAAUAUGAUGCGUUGGUAACAGUGGGAACAUUCGUACCGGGUCAUCUGAAUACACCAUGCUUUCAAGAGUUCACCCGAGUCGUUAAACCAGGCGGUCUGAUUGUGAUAGUAAUGCGAGAAGCAUACUUAUUUGAUUCACCAGAGUUUAACCAGCUCGACUCGGCCGUAGUAAAGUUGAGUAAGAACGGAACAUGGAGGUAUCUCAAAAGAGAAUGGGUCCCCAACUACAUUGGUGAUUUGCCUGGGAUAAUUUUCGUUUUACAAACUCCUGAAAUUUAAGGUCCGGUAUAGGCCUACAUCGAUAUCACCUCCUUUAAAUCACAAGAACUCCACGACUCUCCAUAAAUCAACGGAGGGGAAAUUCAGUGAUGUACUGUAACUAUAACAUCAUAAAACACAUUCAUUAUUAUCAUUCUCUUCCACCGUUGACAAAUUAUUUUAUUUCGCAAUAAUGGUUUGGUCUCAUCACAGAGACUCCAUGCCGUACUCUAAAGAGAUAGUAAUGUCGCCCUCUACACUGUUAGAACAAGUAUUAACAUUCAAGUUGGUUAAAAUUUUAAUCAACCACGGAUUACCAUUAUGAAUCACACAGCCUGUUGAUUAAUGUUUAAACUGUAGUUGAUUAAAAAAAUAAUCGUUUAUUGGUUUAAAAAAUGUGCUCAAUGUUGGUUAAAAUGGUGUUGAUUAAACUGUAACCCUUUGUUGAUUAAAACUUUAACCUUUUGUUGGUUAAUUAUGCUUUGUUCGGGGCUGAUUGGUUAAACUUACAUGGGUCGUUGGUUAAAAUUGUAACCAUUGUAGGUUAAUUCUGCUUUGAUUCCCACGUUGUUGGUUAAACUUUAGUGGGUUGUUGGUUACAGUUUUAACCACUGUUGGUUAAACUUACGGGGGUUUGGAGGUCUUAUCCUCGUGUUCGCAGGUAAUAAAUUGUUUUAAUAUGAUUAUCAUCAAUGCUAAGAUUGUAAGGAAGAAGUGAAAUAAGGUUCUUGCUCAAAUUAAAAACGUUUUGUGUCCCGGGCCCGUAGGUUGUAGCCCAACCAGUAUUCAGUAAGUAUAACGGACGACCUACCCAAAUUGCAUGCAUAUUAAAGACGCUUCACUUCAUGAUGACAUUUUAUUUUGUAUUUAAUUGUUUUAAACAAUUAGAUACAAUUAGAUUUAAAAAAACAAUAUAGUCAUUAUUCAUGCAUGCAAUUUGGGUAGGUGAUCCGUAAUACACUUCUCCUUCUUUGGGUCUGCCUCCUUCACAGUGUUGACGAUUCUUGCAGACUGAUGAGUGUGUAUGUGCUUACGAGAGCCAGGUGCAUGGUGCAAUGCUCACAUAAUGGUGCAAGUAAAAAGUUACUUACUGGUUGAGCUACGUACAGCCUAACGGGACACAAAUCGUUUUUGAUUUGAGCAAGAACCUUAUUUCACUUCUUCCUUACAAUCUUAGAAUUGAUGAUGAUAAUAUCAAAAUAAUUUCUUACCUGUAAACACGGAGAUAAGACCAUCCAAACCCCCAUUCCCUCAGCGUCCUCGCGACAACCUCCAUUGUAUUUGUUGAUUUUGUUGCACGCGUACAGCGUAUACUUUGCAUGUACUUGUAUGAAGUGUCGAGCGAUCGCUAGCUACGCGCUUCGAUAUCGUUCCGUUGGGUCACCUGACCAGUACUUUAAUCAACAUUGAUUAAACUUUAACCGGAAGGAGGCUAUCAUUACUGUCGGAAUUUUGUUUUAAUCCAUGCUGGGUUACAAUGUUUGCCAACAACUUAGACUUAACCAACAUAGUUUAAAAGGUAUAGUUUUGAUCAGGGACGUGAUAGAGAAGGACUGGAAUCAAGCCGCUCUCCUUUGACCCCAUGCUCCAAGCCGCCGAAAAGUUGUGCGCUAAUCUGCAACUGCU